AUGAUAAUACGACUGCAAGUCCUCUUUCAACCCUUAAACCCCAGCUCCUACCUCACUCCCCCUUCAAAACGCACAAAAAACCCCAACCCUAACCCUAAGUUUAACCCCAUCCAGAAACCCAAAUCUUAUAAACCUCUCAAAAAUGGCCUCACCAGCACCAGCAGCUCGCCGCCACAACCCACCACGGAUUGUGGCCUCAGGUUCCAUGAAAAACUCCUCUACCUCGAAACCCUUAAAGUCAAUCCCACAAAAGCCCUUGCCAAAAACCCAUAUUUCCGGUCCACCCCACUCUCCUUCCUCAAAUCCGUCGAAAACUGCCUUUCCUCAAUGGGAAUAGAACGCUCCGCCUUCGGUCGCAUCUUCGACAUGCACCCCCAACUCCUCACCUCCGAUCCCUACACCGACCUCUACCCCAUUUUCGAUUUUCUGCUUAAUGAUGUUCAUAUCCGCUUCCCUGAUAUACGAAAAUCAAUAAUCCGAUGCCCCAGACUCUUAAUUUGCGAUGUAGAAGAUCAACUGAGACCCGCAUUGUGCUUUUUGAGAAAAUUAGGGUUUGAGGGCCCGAAUGCUCUCAAUUGUCAAACCACAUUGCUGUUGGUUUCUAGUGUGGAGGGUACUUUGAUGCCCAAAUUGGAUUAUUUAAUGAGUUUGGGGUUGGGGUAUGAGGAAGUGGUGAAUAUGGUGUUGAGGUCACCGGGGUUGUUAACGUUUAGUAUAGAGAAUAAUUACAGACCCAAAGUGGUGUAUUUUUUGAAUGAGAUGAAAGGGGAUAUAAGGGAAUUGAAGAGGUUUCCACAAUAUUUUUCCUUUAGUUUGGAGGGUAAGAUUAAGCCACGACAUCGCCUAUUGGUUGAGCAUGGGUUUUGGCUUCCAUUAAAGGAAAUGUUGAAGGUUAGUGAUGGAGAGUUUAAUGCCAGGCUGAUUGAGAUGCGGCUGCGGUUAGCUGGAUGAGACUUAGUUGUAG